CUGCCUACUUCAUAAGAUGCUUGUCAGAUGAUUCUUCUGUUUAUACAUGAGUAAAUGAUCAUAAUUAAUGUGUUUGUUGUUUCAGGAUCUGUGAAUGAGACGAUCUUUUGCUGUGGUCUUUAUAUUCUCAGACCUCUCAUGUUGCUCUUUGCUGCUCCAUAUAUAAAUGAGUUUACAGGCAACAAUAAUUGGUGGUUAAAGUAUAUGAGUUAUAGAACAGAAUAUCUUGUUUUCUCAACUGUUCUUUAUUCAGUUCUUUUUUAUUCAUCCUGGGAAAAAGGUUUGAGUUUUGCUGGAUUUAAAGGUGUUUUGAUGAUAAUCCUCUUUGGAAUAGUUCUUCUGGUUUGCAUCUUCUUUAUUAUUUUCUCGUUGGCUGAGAUCUCUGGGAAAGUAAGUGAAAGGAUAACUUACAUAUUCCGUGUUCUGUCUGCUGUAAUCCGUGAUGUUCUGCUCUCAUUACAAUUCAUCCUCCUGUUCUACAUGUUUGGAUCAGCCGAAGGAGGUUUCUUCAUUGUUGCUGUUUUACCUGUGAUAACAACCUCGACCAAUUACAACUGGAAUAUUACAUGUGGGCAAAAGAUGGGAUGUUCACCGUUGGCCAGGAGAUCAGUAUGGUCUACAAUGAUGUUAUUGCUGACUGCAGUAAUGAUGUAUUUCUACAUCAUGGCACUGGAAAAUGAAAAAGAUUGUGUUGGAUGGGCCUGCGUGAUUGGAUUUCUUCAAGUAUUAUGGAUAGUUUGGAAAUGUUUGGGGUCACAUGGAGAUUAUAAUUUCAUUCGUAUCACUGCUGUGUAUGUGUUUGGAUCAGUUGUUGUUGUUUUAAUCAGCGCUCUUUCAUUGAUGACUGAACUGAUACUGAAAACAGUUAAUAGUGAAGGUUUAAUGGGAGAUCUGAGAAUCACUGUGUUUUCGUCUGAAAUCCUCUUUACUCUGUCUGUGCUGAUGUUAAUGAUAUUUGCACCAUGGAUCAAAAAGGAUCUGCAGUAUUGUCAGAUUGGAGCAAGAAGUAAACAAAAGCAAGACAACAGAUCAGACCAACAUUCUGCUACUGCAGCAGCAGGUUCAGAUGAAACUCAAGCUGGUGGAUCAAACCAGAACACAGCAGAAUCUCAUAAAACGCAAUCUCUACUAAAGACUGAAGAUCAGGAUGCUUGAGGAGCUGGAAGUACAGCAGAAACUCAGCUUGAUUCAGUGAAAUCACAAACAUGAGAGAAGAUCAUUGAGAUUCAUCAUGAAGACUAUCAACAUCAAACAUUGCUUGUCAAGUGCUUUUCAGUGGUCUUAAUGGAUGUACAGAAUGACUUUUGCAUUCAAGUCAGAGAUGUGGAUUCAGACUGCAAUUAAUUACCGCACGACCUUGGUGUUUGUAAAAAAAACUAUUGGUACUUGUAAUUAGGCCAGGAAUUUUUACGUGGGUGGUCGGAGAAAGGCAAGGACAUUCUGGAUUCGGAUACCUUACGUCCCCAUGAGAAACAUUGACCAUCCUAAGAGGAAGUAAUUACCAUAUUUAAUCUGAAAGAUGAUGGAUAUGUAUUGCGGAUUGCUUAAGGUUGAGUAAAUCAUGGGGUAAUUUUGAUGUAUCAAAGAUUUUUUUUCUUUUUGUGAAUUGAAAAUGUGUAAAUAUGAUUAAGAGUUGUUUCAUUCAUUUUGUAGUAACAUUUGCUUUGUAAAAAUAAGUUUGAUUUUUAAGAUUCAGCCUAGUUGUAACUAAAAUAUAAACAAAAUAAAUCUGCAGAAAUUAUUCAUGCUCUAGUACAGUAGUAUGUCAGUAAAGGAUUGUAACUUCAGUAAUUCUUCAAUUGCUGGUCUGAAACUUUUAAACAGAAUAUUUUAAGUCAUUAUUUGUGCAUCUGAAACAAAUAUUUUGCAAUGCCCUUGUCUGCGUCUUAAUGCAGCUUAUAGAGACAGAGCGCAGCGCGUCAUAACCUGAAAACCACUCCCACCGGG